AUGGUGCAGUACCUACAGAUUAAUCUGCACCACAGCAAGGCAGCAUCUGCUGCCCUCCUCACCCGCCUGGAAACGGGCAAAAUAGACAUAGUCCUCAUCCAAGAGCCAUGGAUUGUUGGAAACAACAUCUGUGGCUUAUCAACCGCCACAUACAAGCUUUUUCAUAUGAAGGAGUGGAAAGUGGGAACUGAACACUCCUUCUCCGACCACCGAUAUGUAGAAUUUACAAUAUCUCUAGAAUGUCCUCCCCCCGAGAACAUAAGAAAUCUAAGACGCACUAACUGGGGUUACUACAAAAAACUCCUCGAUAGAAACCUAAACACUCCACCGACUCAAAUACUCGACAGUCAGGAAUUAGAAAACAUAGUCAAUACUUUCACUGACAUCUGUGGUGAGGCCAUUAAAAAGGCCUGCCCAAGCAGAACAGUCAAAACAAAGCACAAACCGCCUUGGUGGAACACCACCCUGGCGGCUCUUAAAAGCGACUGCAGAAGUCACUUCAACAAAGCUAAAUACAGCAACAGCGAAGCUUCCUGGAACACGUACCAUACGAAGCUAAGCCAAUACAAAAAGGAAAUUAGAAUAUCAAAGCGAAGAGAAUGGGCCAACUUCUGCAGUAGCAUAGAAUCUACAGCGGAGGCUUCCAGGCUCAGAAGAAUCUUAGCAAAAUCUCCAGCAACCGUUGGAUACCUAAAAACCAAUGAAGACACUUGGACGGGUAACAGCCAAAAAACGUUAGAAAUCCUGGUAGAUACCCACUUCCCUAAAAACACUCAAGCAGUAGAGAACCUCCACGUAAAUGAGAACCUCGACGAGCAGAGCAUAGUCAACAUUUCAAACCCUGAAUGCAUCAAUGGGGCUAUAAAUUCCUUUAAGCCCUUCAAAUCACCUGGCCCGGAUGGCAAGCCCUCUCAAACCUCUCCAAAGGACUUCCGUCCAAUAAGCCUCUCCUCCUUCUUGUUAAAGACCCUGGAAAGGCUAAUUGACACACACAUCAGACUAACUACCAACCCUAGUUUACUCUCCAAUGCACAAUAUGCGUACCGUAAAGGCAGAUCAACAGAUACUGCACUACACUCCCUAGUAUCUUGUAUAGAGAGAGGGUUCCAUAACAAGGAAUACUCCCUGGCAGCCUUCCUAGACAUAGAAGGCGCUUUCAACAAUGUCACCCCAACGGCUAUCACUGGCGCUAUGACGGAACUAGGCAUUGAGCGUCCUAUAGUGGGACUCAUUCACACCAUACUCACCAGUAGGGUAGUGUACUCCACUAUGGGAUCAGCACAAUCGACUAAGAACGUUAGUAGAGGAACACCGCGAGGCGGUGUUAAACUUCUAUCACUUCUAGAGGAAGCGGGAACAAAAGUGGUGGCCUAUGCGGACGACGUGGUUAUCCUAAUGCAAGGAAAAUUUCCUCAGACGCUAUGCAACCUGAUGGAGACAGCCCUAUCCACACUAUCAAGUAACCAAGCAAAGUAUUUAGGCGUCAUCCUAGACAAGAAACUCCUCUGGGCAGAGAACAUCGCGGACCGCACACGCAAAGCGGCCAUAGCACUCUUUGCUUGUAAAACAGCUAUAGGGAGAAAGUGGGGCUUCUCUCCCGGAAUAGUCCUCUGGCUAUAUACUGCAAUAGUCAGACCCAUCCUCCUCUACGGAAACAUCGUCUGGUGGCACUCCCUAGAAAAGAAUUGCAACCUAAAGAAUCUGCACAAGAUCCAAAGAAGCGCAGAACUGUGCAUAAACUACGUCCCACAAAUAGUCAGCUUCGAAAAAAGAUACAAGGUUCUCAUACCCACCCGCACAGACUGGGACCACCUCCCUCACCAGAUCGAGAACGCCGUCAAUAUAUACACAGAUGGCUCCAAGCUUAACUUGCAAAACGAGAUGUGGAGUUUUCUCACCCUAACUCGACUACCAGAUCACUGUAGUGUCUACCAAGCGGAAGUGAUGGCAAUCCAGGAAGCCUAA